AGUGUGGACCCAUACAACUUUCCGACUUGGCGGGACGCAAAGGCGACCACUCAACGCGACCACGUUCAGAAUCUACCGUUUGCCUAAACAAAUAACAACACCCUUUGAUAUUUAUUCUCUGUUGUUGCUCGGAAGGAAAAGCAAUGUAAUCUCACUACCGAACGUAACUACUUGUUCGGCUCUGAUGUUCCCAUUGUAGCUCACUUUCAAUCAGCCUUUCUUGGUUGAUGAGCAACAAGCAAACACCCAACGAGUCUUAAGGUCGUCAAACCCACUCGAAUAUUGAAGCUUGCUCGGGUGAUCUUUUCAAUAAACAUGCCUGACCUCAAUUCCGUCCCACCCUCUCCCCAUAUCCUCGCCGCUUCUCGUCAAGCUUCCAACCAGAAUGGCCAGUCCCAAGCCUCGCCCCAUCAAGCGCCAAUCUCGCCCUCUCUGAAUAUCCUACCUUCAAAUCAGCACGCUGUCAACCGAACAUCUUUGACUUCUCUCCCAUCACCACCACUGCUAUCCGGAGUUUCUACAAUGCCUCCGCACCCUGCCCCAGGACAAGACAACACCGGCGUCGGCGCUGGACCGGGUCCCUUAAGACAUCCACGUCCCUUGACAGCUGCUGAGUUACACUCGCAGCUAGAGCAGGAGCAAGAGCUAUUGGUAAACCGCUUAACGCGUGACUUGACUAUGCUUCGAGCGGCACAGAACUCAUCAGUGGCUUCGAAUACUUCAUCAACGAGCGCAUCGACCUCUGCUGAUCAGACCCACCCAUCGUCCUUCACCGACACACAUCUUCUAUCCGGUCCUGGAUUCCCCCUUCCAACAACUAGCGCUGACCGUAGACACCACCGAACAGGCUCGAGCGCUAGCACACGUAGUCUAAAUCAGUCUAUUGUCGCUUCGCAAGGUUCUACGCCUGCCCCUAUACCGAUUCCUCACCCUGGAAACGCUGCGUCCGUUCUAGAAGCGGCAAGAAACCCUCGAGGCGCUCCAGGCAUGAGUCGACAGAACAGCACCGCUUCUCAGAGAAGCGGAAGUCGAACUCACUCACCGCAUCCAUACCACAUUAGCACCAGUCUCGGUUCCUCUUACACGCAACCACACGGCUUUCCUUAUGAUUAUGGAUCGAGUUACUUCCCUCGCGGCUCGGCAUCUUCUAGUACCAGCAUCGCGGCUACUCCUGGAUCGGAGCUCUCUCCGGGCCUCUUACCGGCGACACUGCGGUACGAAGAGACGGCUCACUACCGACAAGAGUUAGACAUCGCCAAGCGCGAGAAUGAAUCACUGAAGCGACGUAUCAAGGAUUUGGAACGAGCUCUACGUGACCGCCGACAGAGCGAUGCUAGUCGCACUAGCGCUGGAAGAGACCGGAGCGGGAGUACUAGCACCGCGGCAAGCGCUAACGUCAGCGUCAGCGGCGUUGCCAGAGUUGGAGGUGUCAUCGGAGGCGGCACAACUAUAGCCGGGGAUCGCAGAAGCGAACGGAGAGCAAUCGAGCGGGGUGUAAGCAACUUAAGCAUCUCCGGAAGUGUUAACGCUGGCGUUCCCGACGAGGAACUGAAAGUGGGCGAGAGUGCUGCGAGCGCUGGCCUACCACCUGCCGGCGACCAGACACAGGAGGCGAAAUAGGAUGGGUUGAACACCGAGUCUUAGCCGGGCAUGCGAGCACUCUUACGGGGACGUGUCGAGAUGCACAAAUAUUGAUGUCCUAUGUUAAUAGAUAUCAUCGAUUGACGGAUGAGUAAAUGAUUGCACGAGGCGCAGUACCUCAUUCUAUUAGACCGGCUAAGAGUCUUUCCCUCUAGCUCUAGUCAGGGACGGUUCGCGAAGACUUGUUCAUUCUUGCUAGCUAGCUACUUAAGUACUUAGCUACCUUUCUAUCGACGUGCGGUAGAUUGCACUGAUUAAUAGAUAUCGUAUGUCAGGAGUUAGGAGAGGCUCAAUGUCUCAUUUGCUACGAAUC